GGCGUAGAAGGCCCGGCCCAAAGGUCCAAGGUAAAACCCCUCCCUCUGCACACCGCCGGGCAAUCGUGAACUCGGCCACCAUAAGCAUAAGCCUCGGCUCGCACAGCACUAGCAGGAUUAGGGGUUUAGGGUUUCGAAUUCAAUUUCGUUUUCUAUCGCAAUCAGUUAAACAACAAUUAAACUGUCCACUAUUUCUUGGCAACUCUCGGAAUUUUGAGAAAUUCCGUAAUUCGUUUCUUUGUAUAUUAUUUUUUGGUCUUUGAUUGGCCUGUUGAGAAUCGUUAUCCUCUUGAUUUUUCGUUCGGAAUUCUCUCUUGCCUGUCUUUGUUACUUUUGUUGCUAUGUUAUGAUGAUCCCUGGGUUUACCAUUUAGAAUCAAUCACAUUUGCUUCUCCUCCGUCCAUACCUCAUGGCUCGGUUUCAAUCAAAAUUCUUACUCUGCUAUUCCGUCUGGCCUCUCAUAUUGUUUCCACCUUUCCAUAUUUGCAAUCUCUCUUCUAUGAAUGCUUCUGGCUUCUGUGCUUCCUUCACAGUUGCCCUGCAAGCUUGCUUUUCUAGAUGCAUAAAAUGCCUGGGACAAGACAAAGAGAUGUAACAGCCCAAAAUCCAGAGUCACCAGAGGGGAACAGUGAGCCUGAAAAACCCACAGAUUCUGAUGAGCAGGUAGACUUUGAUGGGGACAAUGAUCAAGAGGAAGAAAUUGAAUAUGAAGAAGUAGAGGAGGAAGAAGAAGUGGAAGAUGAAGAAGUUGAAGAGGUGGAGGAGGAGGAGGAGGAGGAGGAAGAGGAAGAAGAAGUAGAGGAAGAGAGUAAGCCCUCAGAUGGCGAGGAAGAGAUGAGAGUAGAUCAUACUAAUGAUGAGGUUGAGAAAAAGAAACAUGCUGAGCUACUUGCACUUCCACCUCAUGGUUCAGAGGUCUACAUUGGGGGUAUUGCUAACAAUGUUUCUGAAGAAGAUUUGAGAGUCUUUUGUCAAUCUGUUGGAGAAGUGUCAGAGGUAAGAAUUAUGAAGGCGAAAGAAUCCGGUGAAGGAAAAGGUUAUGCUUUUGUGGCCUUCAAGACAAAGGAAUUGGCCUCCCAGGCUAUUGAGGAACUGAACAACUCUGAAUUUAAGGGGAAAAAAAUAAAGUGCUCAUCAUCCCAAGCUAAGCAUAGGUUGUUCAUUGGUAAUAUUCCUAAAAAAUGGACUGUAGAAGAUAUGAAGAAGGUUGUUGCAGAUGUUGGCCCUGGAGUCAUUUCUAUUGAACUGCUGAAGGAUCUACAGAGUUCUGGCCGUAAUCGGGGCUUUGCUUUUAUUGAGUAUUACAACCAUGCUUGUGCAGAAUAUUCGAGGCAGAAGAUGUCAAACUCAAAUUUUAAACUUGAAAAUAAUGCUCCAACAGUGAGCUGGGCUGACCCACGUAAUUCUGAAUCAUCUGCAGUCUCCCAGGUAAAAGCAGUGUAUGUAAAAAACCUUCCAGAAAACAUUACUCAAGAUAGUCUUAAGAAGCUGUUUGAACAUCAUGGAAAGAUCACAAAAGUGGUUCUCCCUCCUGCUAAAGCUGGACAAGAAAAGAGCAGAUUUGGUUUUGUGCAUUUUUCUGAUAGGUCAAGUGCCAUGAAGGCAUUGAAGAAUACAGAGAAAUAUGAAAUUGAUGGCAAAAAUUUGGAAUGUUCACUUGCUAAGCCGCAGGCUGACCAAAGGUCGUCCGGCACAUCAAAUUCACAGAAGCCAGUCGUACUUCCCACUUAUCCACAUCGUCUUGGUUAUGGUAUGGUUGGAGGUGCAUAUGGUGGCAUCGGUGCAGGAUACGGUGCUGCUGGCUUUGCACAACCACUUAUGUAUGGUAUGGGAGCAAACCCUGCUGGCAUGCCAAUGAUGCCAAUGCUUCUACCAGAUGGAAGAAUUGGAUAUGUAGUGCAACAGCCAGGUUUGCAACAGCCAAGUUUGCAACAGCAUGCUCCUUCACCAGUAUCCCGACAUGGCAGGAGGAGUGGUGGUGGUAGCUCAAGUGGUGGGAAGCGCGGCAAUGACAAUAACCGUGGGCAUCGCCGAUAUAAUCCCUACUAAAGUAAUUGCCUUCAUGUGUGCUUCAUGGCGCUGGGAAAUCAAGCGAUUGCACCUAAGGCUUUAAAGUCCCCAUGACACACAAGGCACGAAGCUCAGCCAGAUAAGAUGAAUAGGUGGUAUUGUGCAUUAAGUUAUGAUUCUUGUAAGAUUAUUACAUCUACUUUAAUUUAAGGCUAAUAUUCAAUUUAGUGUCUCCGUGAACUUUUCAUUUAAUUUUGUAUAUUAAUCUUGUCCUUGAGAUUUUCAUCCUCAUUCUGAAAGAUGCCAAAUUGAAGGACAUACGUUAUAUGUUAGAAGGUUGAUGAAAAA